UGUGUCCGCGUGUGAGAGAGCUUGCAAAACCAUAUGGCAUGUUGAGUUUUGUCGCCUGACAGUCACGCUCGUUUGCUGCGGUCCUUUCUACCUCAUAUCAAAUCAUCCGCUCUCUGUUACUGCUGCCUUCCAGGAAUACAAGCUGUUCUUGAUUUAAGCAGUCGUAGUGAAACUUUGACCCUGUUUGAGUCGUCGUGAGGAUGCACAGCUCUCAGAAGGACACCACAUACACCAAGAUCUUCGUCGGAGGUCUUCCGUAUCACACCACCGACUCCAGCCUCGCGAAAUACUUUGAGGUGUUUGGAGAAAUCGAGGAAGCUGUUGUCAUUACUGACAGACAAACGGGGAAAUCCAGAGGCUAUGGAUUUGUAAGGUUUUCAUUUGGUGUCCCUCAAAUACACCCUACCUUUAUCCAACGGCCUUAUGGAGAUAGUGAGGAUGAUCAUUCCCCAUUACUGUAUCCUCCCCCUUUCCGCCAGGUUAUGAGGAUUCCCGCUCACUAUGUGUACCCGCAGGCGUUUGUUCAGCCCAGCAUGGUGAUCCCUCACGUCCAGCCGUCCUCGGCCGCGGCCGCAGCGUCUCCGUACCUGGAUUACACCGGCGCCGCGUACGCGCAGUACUCCGCCGCCGCCACAUCCGCUGCAGCCGCCGCCGCUUACGAUCAGUACCCGUAUGCCGCCUCCCCAGCCGCCGCGGGUUACGUCGCUGCAGCGGCGGGCUACGGUUACGUCCAGCAGCCGCUGGCAUCGCCUGCACCCGGAUCCGCCGCGGCCGCGUUCGCUCAGUAUCAGCCACAGCAGCUGCAAACGGACCGCAUGCAGUGAGAGGAAGAAGAAGGAGCGUUUAUGACUGUGUCACCUAAACCAACUGAUAUGCCUUUUUUAUUGUUGGGGUUAUUGCUUUUUAUUUGUAGUAUUUAAUAUUUAUUAUGGAAAAGAACACUAUAGUUUGUCGUUUAUAUGUUCGAGAAUAUUAUUUAGGCCUACUCACCCUAGUGUCAUUAAAAACCCUUGUAUUGCUUCUUUUUUUUUUUUUUUCAAUGCAACACAAAAAGAUUUUGGGUUUGCACCAUAAAAGUGCGGAUAUCAUGCAGAUGCAUAAACAUCAAAUCUGUGUCGUGCAUGAAAAAAAAUAGGAUUUAGCAUAAGGGUGAGUAAAUAAUGACAGAAUUCGUUUUUAGGUGAGUUAUUUGUUUAAAGGAAUAGUUCACCCAGCUGUGAAAUUUGGCUGAUCCAUCCGAGAUGCAGAUGAGUUUGUUUCUGCAUCAGAUUUUGUGGAGUCUGAACUUGCUCUGCAGUGAAUGGGUGCCGUCACAACGAGAGCUGAUAAAAACAUCACAAUAAUCC